AUGAUCAUCAACAAUAAUCCGUACACCUCUGAGAAGCAGCCCGUCCGGACAGCGCCUGCACACUAUGACGAGCCUCCCCCCUCGUAUGGCGAACGCGCUCCUCAAGACGUAUCGCAGCAAUGGGGCCCCGGCGGUUCCUACCAAAGCACCCCGCGCCCCACCCCAGGCAUGCCGUCUAACGUGGGCCAGCAGUACUAUGCGCCGCCGCCAGGGCCGCCCCCAAACUUCCAACCGCCCGCCUCCUCGUCCAGCAGAAUCGCAGACUACAACCCGGCUUACCCAGCCGGCUCCGGCUACGGACCCCCGAGCACACCUCACAACUACCCGCCUCAACCCACCCAGCCUACCCAACGGUUCCCCGCCCUCCUGACCCCACCCCCACCCUCCUUCCAGCGCGCGGCCUCGCGUAGCAUGCCAUACGGCUCCUUCGAGCCACUCACGGUCCCCGCGGCGGGCAAAGGACUCGAGGACGGGUUCGUUGCGACGCUGCCCUCGUCGCUCACGCAGCCGCACCCGUUCGGGACGCACGACGUGAAGGAGUCGGACUGGCUGCGGUUCCUCGACGACGUCAAGCGCGCGGGGGUCACUGCCGUGCGGGACCGGGCGCCCUCGCAGUCGACCCCACAGCUAGGGCGGGGCGGUCUGAUCUCUGGACUCUUGGCACAAGGCAUACAGAGCAUGCAGGGCACUAAGCUUGGGUCCCGCGACCUCGCGCCCGUCGUUGAGCUCUUGCAAUACUGGAACCAGACCUUACCGGGCCCGUCCACGAAGAGGAAGACACUCCGCAGGCUCCAUCCCCCGGCUUCGGCGGCAGACGCGAACGACUGGCAGGCCGCCGAAGAGGGGGUCCCCUCAGCGGCGGUCUGA